AUGGUGGACGACGACCUCCAAGAGACAACUGACAUCAUUAUAUGCGGCUGUGGGCCAACUGGUGCCAUGCUUUCAGUGCUAUUGAGUCAAUACUCCAUCCCCCAUGUCAUCCUCGAAAAGGACAUGGAGGUUAAUGCUGAUCCGCGGGGAAUCGCACUUGACGAAGACGGUAUACGCUAUCUCCAGGCAUGCGGCAUCUACGACACGAUAUUCACAGAAAUUGGGCAAUGUAUGGAGAAUUUUAGAUUUAUCGGAAAGAAUUACACAGAGCUGAAUAGGGAGCCUUUCUUGAUAAUGAACUAUGGCACAACCGAGGGGGGUACCGGCCAUCCAGGCUUCAUGUGCCACAAACAGCCAUGCAUUGAGCAGAACCUUAGGUCUCAGAUUACAGCCCUCGGUACAGCCAAGUUACGCUUGGGUUCAACCGUUAACUCUAUUACAGAGGACAAAGAUUGGGUCUAUGCACGUUAUACCAACAAAUCGAAUCAAACUGGCAUUGUUCGGGCAAGGUUUCUUGUCGGGGCAGAUGGUAAGACAGGAUUCACACGUAAGCAAUACCUUGAGCCCAAGGGAGUUACCAUGGACCAAGCUUUAGAUGUGCCAUAUGAGCAAGACUGGGUAGCCCUCAACUGGGAAAUCUCUCUUCCAACGCCAUCGUCGCACCCUGACUUUCCCCUCUGGGAAAAAGGAUAUACACCACAGCAAGUCUAUGAUGAAUUCUUUCCUCUAGACUUUCGGUUCUUGUGCAAUCCUGUCCGUGCUGCAGUGUGCGGCCGCUUUGGGCUCAAUAGUGAUAGAUUGUGGCGUUUCGAGUUUGUCGUCCUCGUUGGGGAGAACCCAAUCGAGAUGGCCAAAGAAGAUCAGGUUGCUGCAAUUGUCCACCCUUACAUCACCCACUUGGGCAGCCGAUAUGGUAUCAAUGACAAAAGAAUCACCUAUCCAUUAGACUGUAUAAAAGUUCUUCGAUGUCGGCCAUUUCGGUUGUCGGCAAGAAGUUGCAACAAAUGGUCUCUUGGUCGGGUGGUGCUAUGCGGGGACGCUGCCCAUGUAUUUCCGCCCUUUGGCGGCCAGGGAAUUGCUUCGGGCUUCCGUGAUGCCAUAUCACUGGCUUGGCGGUUGCGUAUAGCAGUUGAUGGAUCGUCUAGGCCCAAUGUGUUGGACUUUCAGAAGCUACUACAAGGAUGGUACUCGGAACGAAAAAAACAACUCGACAAGUCGCUCCGGUCAACUGUCGAGAACGGAGAAUACGUCACCCAGUCCAACACAUUCAAAGCUUUCCUACGCGAUUGCUACUUCUAUUUAGCACAACUUGUCCCCAGCUGGAAACACUGGUUACAGCUGGGGAACCGGAGGGAUGGGAUGACCAAGUACCAGUGGAAGCCGGGGACUGGGAUGGCCUUUUUGCCUAGCCUUGGCGGAGGUGUCAUGUUCCCUCAGGUUUACGCAGCGUCUACCACUCAUUCCUUGACACGUCAACCUGUUUUCUUUACCGACGAUAUUAUCUUCGACCGACAGAAGAAGGGGAUUUUCCAAGUUGUUGUAAUCAUGCAGCUAGGCGGGAGUAUAGACGACAUCGAGGCUGCCUUGGAUGGCCUCCAAGAGCUUUCGGCGGGGGCCUUGCAAGACAGAGAAGCCACCUGGUUCUUGGAUAGCACUGACUCACCUCCUUCCCACCUGAAGGGACCGUCUAUUUAUCGACUUGCUAGUGCCGAGGAGUUCGCUCGGGAGCCAAGACUAUGUGCAGGGCGACCAGAGCCCGUAGGAUAUGAUGCACUCAGGAUGUCAAAAGAAGUGGGUGAAAAGACAUUUGUCAUUUUACGCCCCGAUCGGUUUGUUUUCGCGGCUUGCGAUACCAGAUCAGAACUAUUGUAUGCGGCAGAAAUGCUCCGGGACCUUGUUACAACUGGCUGGGUGGCUAUUUAA